GUGAAAUUCCGGAAUCUCUUCGUCAGGAAAGCAAGGAGAUCGUGCAAGAGUGGGCGUCCCACGUGGGGGACACCUACGAGCAGCCCGAUAACAAAGAGGGGCAAGGAUUCGCAUUCGACAAUAAGAACACAAAAGCUUGCACGAACGGUGUGCAUUUUUACUUUCACCCACAGGCGAGCAUCCGCAAAAUAAACGUCUGGAAAGCUCCGAAAGCAACAUCCGCGUACCAGUGCUUGCCUCCGACGGAAGCCAACAUGCAAAAACUAAUGGAAGAGCAGAAACGAUUAGAAGAAACGAACCAACAAGAAAAUGUCGAAGAUCAAACCAAAAAACUGGAUCAUCAUGCGGGAGUAGCAACUGCAAGUGAGGAGAUGUCUUCGAAGACACCACCUCCAAGUAGAAGUCUACUGUCGCGACUGUCUUGGUUUUUGACGUCUAGUCUGCGCCGCACAGAGGUGGAGUAUUCAUUGAAUGAUCCUCCAGAUGAGCGAAAAGAUAAAGAAUCCUCAGCUACUAGUUCAAAAUGUUGUCAUCGACUACCAGAUGACCAUAGCAGCAAUCAGGUAAAGUCUUGUGGCCAAGAAGCUGCGUGCCCUUCUGCAGAUCAUAGAGGAAGUCCCAGCCCGUUGUUAUCGAGUGUCGAAACUGAGGCAAUCAUACUCGUGGAUGCUGAGGGGAUUGGCGAUACAAAAACUGGGCAGGAUAUCGACUGGCAGUUUGAUUCCUUUGUAACAGCGAUUUCAGACACGAAGAUCUACAAUACGAAGGAGAUAAGGCUGCCCCGAGAAUUUUUCGAACGUUUGGUGGCAAUCAGCAACACGGCUCAAGCUGCACUUGGAAAGAUGAACAACCGAGCGUCGACUACAUGCAUGACAACAAAUGUAGUUGUUGGAGAUCAUGAAGAUGCCCACAACAUAAAUACCGAUAGUAGCGCCCCGUCAAUGAAGGUGGAUGACAUUGAUGUAUCGGCGGGGGAUGGUUCCAUGAUUGCUGACACGUGUGGUUCAUCGGGGACAACAGUAGUUGUCGAUACAUCAUCGGUGCUUCCAGGAGGAGCUAACGUCGGGCCACAAAGUGCUGCGGCCACGGCGACACAGGAAGGCGUCGAGAAGUGCCGCGCACCUGGCUUGCUUGAAGCUGGCGGCCAUCUUAGCUUCCUCUGCGCCUCAGCGAACUUACUCGACACUGCAGAGGAGCCUGAGGACGAGGCUUCAGGAGCAUCCAGGUUGUCAGAGUUGUCAGGAGAAGCUGCUCCGCCGUGUCUCGGAGCCUGUGCGGUUUUGACGCGAGACUCCAGAUGCGACGACCCAUCCUACUGGGGCGACUGCGCAGACCUGCAGCUGUCGCACGAUGUGAAGGCGGUUAUUAACUCGGUGCAAAG